AUGACCUGUGAGCUUUUUCGGGCGUUCGACAUUGUUUAUUGGCCUGAAAUCCAAUUCUGCAUCCCCAUACAUCAAAUUUUAGCCCAAGUGAAUGACAAACCUUGGGUAAAAAGACCGCCACCCUUGAAAGGAGAAUCGGACAAGAGGGAUACCAGGAAAUAUUGUGCCUUCCAUGGGACAGAUGGGCACAAUACUAAUAACUGCUUUUCUUGGAUAGCGCAUCUCGAAGAACUCAUGAGAGAAAGUCACUGCACGGAGUUCAUCACGAAGCAGGCCAUCCAGCAGAUAGAAGACCGCGAUACCGCCAAGGAGCCACCCCAGAAGGUCAUAAGGAUUAACACAAUCCUAGCCAACUCGGAGGAGUCUGGACUGACCAACAAAGAAAACAAGACGAAGAUCAAACAGGCUACUGUGAUCUCCCAAGUCUCAACUAGCCUCUCACUGGCAGAAGACGAUCCCGUGAUCGGCUUCCAACAGAAAGACUUAAUCGGCCUUGAUCUACCGCACAAAGACGCCCUUGUCAUCAGCAUUCAAAUCGCUCAGGCCAUGGUCAACCGAAUCCAUGCAGAUGAGGGCAGUGCAGCCAACAUCCUACAGAUGGGCUUAGAGACAAAGAUCAAUAAAUCAGCCAAGUCGCUGACUAGCUUCAAUGGCGCAACGACGGUUACCGUGGGCACGAUUGAUCUCGAUGUCUACUCUUCACCUGUAAUCAGCUCGCAAACAUUCAUGGUCAUUGAUGAAGUCUCACCCUACAAUGGCAUUCUAGGCAGACCAUGGAUCGGCCAGAUCAACACCAUCACCUCUGCCACACAUUAG